AUGCAUAUCGGCAUCUCCCCCGUUUUGGCCCUGGCCACCAUUGUCACCGGCUUCGUCGCCGCGCAAGCUCACGGCUCUUUCAAGCAGCUUGAGGAUCACCAUUCCCUCAACGAGCGUGCAGUCCCCGACGUCGCCGUUGCUGACGUUUAUCCCGCUACGGACGCUACAGAAGAAGGACCUCCCCACGUCUACACACCUCAAGACCCCCCUCCCGCUGAGCUUGCCAAGCGCGCCAACAUCGAGUACAUUGGACACAAUGGUGGAUAUGGAAAGGGCGUCUAUAUGUGCACUGACAAGAAUUGGAACGGAAACUGCUGGCAUAUAUCUUUGAAUGCAAGGUCGUGCUGGAAUCUGGGAAUAGGCUUGGAUAAAAAGGCCUCUAGCGGAGGGCCGGACAAAGGCUACAUAUGCUACUUUUACAAAGAAGCGAACUGUAAGGGCGACUAUAGGGCUUUCUAUAAGCCCGGAUUCAGUGACUUCAAGGGUAUCGAUUUCAACGACAAAACGCGUAGCGUCAAAUGUCAUAACACCUAAACGUGAGAAAGACGUAACAUGUAUGAAUAGAUCAGCAUCUGGUUAGACC